GAGGGCCCGCUAUUGGUCCGAUUAAGGUGCCUGAAAGGUCGUGAUUGGGCGCGCCUUUGCUAACAAAGAUGGCGGCCGCCGCUGCUAGCCGAGCGGUGGGCGCAAAGCUGGGGCUGCGUGAGAUUCGCGUUCACUUAUGCCAGCGUUCCCCAGGCAGCCAGGGUGUGAGAGAUUUCAUCGUGCAACGGUACGUGGAGCUGAAGAAGGCGCACCCCGACCUGCCCAUUCUGAUCCGCGAAUGUUCGGAGGUGCAGCCCAAGCUUUGGGCCCGCUAUGCUUUUGGCCAAGAGAAGACAGUGUCUCUGAACAAUCUGAGUGCUGAUGAGGUAACCAGAGCCAUGCAGAAUGUGCUAAGCGGCAAAGCCUGAAGGUCUCCACUAAGGACUGUGAGCGAGAGCACCCGAACCUGCUGGACUGAAGACAAUGUGGGGAAAUGUGUGCUUUGGGUCCUUAUAAAGCUUACGCUGUACAGUGUCACUUCA